UGUAACUGUUAACUAUGGUUUUUGUCAUGAGCUUCUAUGUGAUCCACAAAAUCCUUAAAUUUGAGGGACCUGUUAAAGACAGCCAAUUUGAAUACGCUGCUGGCUAACAAGGAAGUCUAAUCUAUUGGACCUUAUAUUUGUUCUUAAAGCUAUCUUCCAUCUUCCAAUUCUGAAUCACCAUACAUGCACUGAGUGAAGUACGAGGAAGCAUGGUUGAAAGAGCAUUCCAGAGUUGAAUGACUGAGCAUAACUUCGAUUAUCAUUGCUCAAGAUAAUGGUUCAGCAGCGAUUGGAACAUAUAUGGCUGCUUUGAUUUGGUGAAAAUUAUCUGCAGUUUUCUAGUGUAAGAUAACCUGCAUUUUGGUAUGAAAGUAUAUAUAAACUAGUGCUGUUGAUGAGGGAAGCAAAAUCAUGGAGGAAUCUAUUGAGGAAAAGACGACUCCAUUUUGAUUGGGGACGUUAUGGAGUCAAAAUGAAACCAUUCAUGGGAGCUGCUUGUAUCAUAAUGCUGUAUAUUGUAUAUAGAACCACAAAUUAUCAGUACCUGGAAACAGAGCUGGAUUCAAGAUUUGAUCCACUCUACACGUCAAAGGAUUAUGUGUUAGCUUCCACAAGUUUGAAGGGGUUACCUCGUGGUAUUAUUGAAGCUAAAUCUGACUUGGAAUUAAAGCCUUUAUGGUCGACAAGUAGUUUGAAAUCGAAGAAGGGAGAUGCUUCCAGUACACAUAAUUUGCUGGCAAUUCCAGUGGGUCUCAAACAAAAGCGUAAUGUUAAUACCAUUGUUCAAAAGUUUCUUACAGAAAAUUUUACUGUGAUCUUAUUCCAUUACGAUGGAAAGGUCGAUGGCUGGCGGGAUCUUGAGUGGAAUAACAAGGUCAUACAUAUUGUAGCUCAGAACCAAACAAAGUGGUGGUUUGCAAAACGAUUUCUGCAUCCUGCUGCUGUGUCGAUUUAUGACUAUAUAUUCCUCUGGGAUGAAGACCUAGGAGUGCAGCACUUUAAUCCGAGAAGCUACUUGGAUAUUGUUAAAGCAGAAGGGCUGGAGAUAUCACAGCCAGCUUUAGAUCCAAAUUCCACUGAUAUACAUCAUCGGAUCACAAUUCGCAAGAGAAUGAAUAAGUUUCACAGGAGAGUGUAUGACAGCAGAGGCAGUGUGAAAUGUUCAGAUGACAGUGAUGGGCCACCAUGUGCUGGAUUUGUAGAAGGAAUGGCUCCAGUUUUCUCCAGAGCUGCGUGGCAUUGUGCCUGGCAUCUUAUUCAGAACGACCUUGUUCAUGGAUGGGGGAUGGAUAUGAAACUUGGCUACUGUGCACAGGGGGACCGGUCGAAGAAGGUGGGAGUUGUUGAUAGCGAAUUUAUUAUCCAUCAGGGAAUACAAACGUUAGGCGGGGCUUCUGCUAAAAAGACCACGAAUCAUGUGGAUUUGAUGAAGAAACAUGGUGUUGAUGUGCGAGCUGAGAUAAGGAGGCAAUCGACAACUGAGCUUCAAAUAUUCAAACAACGAUGGGAAAAGGCUGUAAAGGAGGACACGGACUGGGUGGACCCUUUCUAUAGAAGAAAACAAAGACGAGCAUAGAGUCCUUAAAUUCACUCGGAAGUUUUGACAUUUAGGUUAGUUUUGCUUACUUCACUCACAUUAUGAUACAACCAUCACCUCUUUCAAAUCAAAUUCAAAUUGCUUCAUUUCAUUUGA